UUCCAGGGAGGGGCAAGAAUGUCAGUGAGAGGGGAAAAAAACCAAGGCAACGCUGGAGUCUUCCUCCGUCUUAUUCAGAUACCUGCAGAAAAGGGGUAAUGACAGCCUGGUCCUUCCUUGAGCUGUGGAAAACCUCUCAUUCAACUCUGUUCCAAAUGACCUUGGCCACUGUUCUGAUGGCUCCUGUUCUUGGUGAUUGUGGACCGCCACCCAGUUUGCCAUUUGCUUCUCCAAUCAACCAGCUGUACGAGACAACCUUCUCCUCUGGGACUGUUCUGAAAUACGCCUGCCAUCACGGCUUCAAGAAGGUCAACACAAGCCAUCUUGUGUGUGACGAAAAUGGUUCGUGGAUCUAUACUAUCUUUUGUGCCAAGAAACGAUGCAGAAACCCGGGCGAGUUGGUCAAUGGGAAAAUAGAUAUUACGACUGAUCUUUUCUUAGGUUCAACCAUAGAGUUCAGCUGUGCGAAGGGGUAUCUUCUGAUUGGCUCAACAACUAGUCGGUGUGAGGUCCAAGGUAAAGGAGUAGACUGGAGUGAUUCUCUCCCAGAAUGUGUAAUUGUCACGUGUGAGUCCCCUCCAGAAAUCAGCAAUGGGAAGCACAGUGGUAGAGAGGAAGAUCUUUAUACAUACGGCUCCUCAGUCAUCUACAGCUGUGACACUGGCUUCACGCUCCUUGGCAAUGCCUCCGUCAUCUGCACUGUGGUGAACAGAACAGUAGGUGUUUGGAGCCCAAGCCCUCCUGCCUGUGGAAGUGGUUGUACUGGCGUACCAGACAUUCCCUAUGCUUCCUGGGAGGGCAACAAGCUUGCUUUAAGAAAUUUUCAAAUGUUUGAAAUUGGGACCAAACUGAAAUUCCAGUGCAAACCUGGCUACCAAUCGCCUCCCAACGACCCCCAGACUGUGACUUGUCAAGAGAAUCUGAUGUGGACACCUACCAAGGGCUGUGAACGGAUAUGUUGCCCAAUACCAAAUAUGGAGAAAAUCAAAAUUGUAAGUGAAAGGAGAGAUUUCACUGGUAUGUGCACCUAUGCCUAUGGAGACUAUGUUUUCUAUGUUUGUGGUGAAGGUGCUUCCCCUACGUCUACUGAUGGAAGGAGUGCAUGUCAGGAAAAUGGAAAGUGGGACCCUGCAAUACCAUCAUGUCAGGCAGGCCUGCAAAACAGUCCUGCUGUUACUUUACCAAGCUUUGCAGAAACAAACUCAAGCAUUAAAUUUAUAUCUGAAAAUGAAGAAGAAAGCACAAGGUAUGUUCCCGUUAAAGCUGUGUGCCCCAAACCAGUGAUCUCACAUGGAAACCUGUCUGUGGAUAAAGCUCAGUAUGCUGAAAUGGAAAACAUCACUGUUCGUUGUGAUACUGGAUAUACCAUAGUUGGUCCCCCAAACAUCAUUUGUUCGGAAAACAGAACAUGGUACCCUGAGAUACCCAACUGUAAAAUGACGGUCCUUGAACACUGCAGACCAGUGACUGAAGGCAGAAAACGCUUGCAGUGCUUCUCAAACCCAGAAGAUGUGAAAAACGCCCUGGAGGUGUACAAACUGUUCCUGGAGAUCGAAAUACUAGAAAGGGAGAAAGAGAAGUGGACACGAACCCACAGGAAACCUUCGAAAUAUGUGAAAAUUAAGGGGCCAUUCAGGCCUUUUGGUUAAUGUACAGAAUCUCCAUGCAGUGGCUGUUCUGAUUGUUAAGCACCACCACUCCUGUUAAAGUUUCUGAGCCAGAAGAACUUAGGUGGUUUUUAUUUAUUUUUUUUUUGAAGCUAUGUCAAUGAUGAUUAUUGGCUAGCCAUUGUGGUUCAAUUGUCCACUUGGCUUGGCUUGACUCCCUGUAAUGGUUAAAUAUAAACUAUUAAAUACCAAA